GGAAAUGGAGGGGGAGGGGUGGCUGACGGAUGGGGUGGCAGUGGGGUGGCUGGACGGUGGUGGGCCCCACUAACGAAAAUCGUAGCAGUUAACGGAAGCAACUAACGGCAGUUUAACGGCGAGGUCACAGUGUAGUGACUUUUCGUACUUUAGGGUUACAGCGUAGAAAAGUGAAAAAAAACGAGGUUACUUUCCCAAAACUAUUUUUAAACUUUAUACUUUGUAUAUUUAAUUUCUUUCUUUUCUCCCAAAUUCCUCCAAUUUUAAAAGGGGGAGAUUUUGCAAAGGAAGCUUUUCUUUCAUUUCCUUUUAUUUCCAUUUAAUUUUUAAAAUCAAACAAAAGAAUCCCUAUUUUUCCUUUUUUUUCUUUUCUUUUCCUCCCAGCCAUAAAGUGAUGGCAGGGAAGGCGGCUGUGGAGAACGCUGCUAGUCACCCACAAGAGAACGAAGCACCACAUCAUCCUCUGCAGAACAACUCGAAACCAGGGCCGAAGGGAGCUUAUGAAGUAAAGCGAUUGAACAAUGGUUUGUACAUUAGGGUGGAUAUGCCUGGAGUACCAUCAGCAGAUGAUGUGAAAGUGAACAACAAGUCUGAAAAAUGUUGUAUUACUUUCUAUGGCAAAGCCCCAAAGCAUGAGGGUUGGCCCCUUGAUGACUCUCAGAGAGUGUAUGCAGGGUCGAUCUCUCUGGAUCGUGACACUGACUCGAUUCCUCUUGAAAAGACAUUCAAGAAUGGCUGUUUACGACUCUUUUUACCCGGUGCAGAUGGACACCUUAGCUUCCUUACUAAUCAAGAAGAAUCUGUGCUUUGUCAAAAUCCUGUUGAUGAGCAAGUCCAUCAACCUGAUGUCAUUAUAGGUACAUGCACCAGAGAAAUGUCUUUCAUAAACCCAGCAACACUGCUAGGGGUUAGAGGUGUAUUUGAAACAAAAUUCCUCCAGGAAAAGGAUGGUGAUGGGUGGGGGAUGUACUUUAGGUUUGACAUGCCGGAUUUCAGUGCUGGAAGGAUGUGCGAAGUGAAGGUGGAGAAGAAAUGUUGUAUAAUUUUUGGACCGAUGGGCUCAAAAGAGUAUCCUCUUGAUGAAAGAGGGCGGUCUUAUUAUUGUAAACUGUCCUUGCGCUGUGAUUGCUGCUGCUUCGUCUCAGAGACUGUCGCACGUGAACUAAGAGAUGGUGUUAUGAGGAUGUGGUUCAGAAUUUUACCGAAAUACAAAAAGAAUUCUUCAACAAAGCUCAGCACUUCUUCCUCAUCACGGCAUGUGAGAAGGAACUCUAGUCUGGCCUAGUCUGGGACCUUGAUGCAGCUAGCUUUGAACUGUUGGGCAUUGAUCAGAAUAGUAAACACAACAAUCUUCUGUUUCUAGGUUAAUUUCAUUUUUUUAACAUUUAUUAGAGGAAUGCAAGUGCAAGGUCUAUUAUACA